AUAGUAGCAGUAGUAGUAGUAGUAUGAAAAAGAAAACUGCCCAGUUUUUUUGGUAGAUCCAAGAAUAGUGCGCUGGAUCUAAUUUGGUAGCGUUCCUCAGCAACCUUCUAUGGAGACUAACAAGCGAAAAGACAGAAAACCCAAGAGAAAGAGAGACUGAGUUUACUCAAAAUGGAAAACCCCUUAUUCUUUUUGGUCGGGUACGCAUCGAUUCGGUAUUGACCAUAUUUUUUUAUAUUUUUUUAUUACACUUUCUAUUAAAAGCUCGUCCCCUCGGGAUGGAACAACAUUGUCGUGAUCCCGCAGAUUGUCCGUUAUUCCCGGUACACAGCUGCUUUGCCACUGAACGUGGUUUAGUAUGUCGAAACCAGCGUAAGCACAUUGUACAUGUCCUCUUUUUCUUCUUCCAGCAGAAAGAAAGGAAGAAAGGCGUUCUUUAGAGGAUUCACACACACAUACUCUCUAUCUCUCACAUUACUUGACUAACUUAACAUUUAAAUGUCUGGAAAACAUACAGACCUUGGCGGGUUCGAAAUGAAUCCAACCAUCGUGGACACUGUUGCUUAUUUACCGCACCGAGACGACGACGAUGACAUUAACGAGCCGUGCAUCACCAUUCCACUAUCCGACGAACUAUACAGCUACACUGAGUUUCGAGGGCCGGACGUCAUUAGCCAAGGCGAUCUUGAACUUAUUGGCAACUGCAGCCGCAAUGCCUACUGCGAUAAAGCGACCCAGACCUGUCAACCGAAACGGACGGUCGGCGAACCAUGCGAAAAUAACAUGGAGUGUUUUUAUGGAUUGGAUAUUCCUGGGCAUUGUGUGAACAAUUCGAUAUGCGCUGCUCGAGACGACUUGCCGCCGUAUUAUGGGGCUGCGCUUCAUCAGUGGACGCUGGGCGACCAGUGGCAGUCGGCUGUCUGGGCCGUUGUUGCCACGGGUGCGAUUGUCAUUUUUCUGGUCGUUGGACGGCAGCAGUUGGGUCCGCUGGUACACAGCGUCCAUCGAUUGUACGAGAAUUGGAAGCAGCCGUCUCCACAACAGCAGGAGCGGUGGUGGAAUCUCGGAUGGGUCUAUAAGCGGUUUAAUCGUAAUGCCAGAUCCAAUGAUGAGGCAUAUUAUCCAUUAACAGAUAGGAGUGCAGAAGAACCGCCUGCUUAUCGGGAAUGAUGAUCUGUUUACUUAUCCUUACUCCAUUUACUUUAAAGUAACUCGUCUCUUCCAUCACCUUUUUCUCUCUAUCCCUAUCCACCGAUUCCAAUGCCCCUGUCAACUUUGUAUAAUAGCCAUUACAUAGCCGAUAUCCCUUUCUCGUUACUUCUUUUUUUUUCCUUCUUCUCGACACAUCCGUGACAUGUAAUAUUUUUUUUUCCACUUUCCAUGAAUGAAGUAUCAAACAGUUUUUUUUUUCCUUUGUUUGUGGCGGUGGAUCAGCUGUAGCUAAUUAGGCAUACAUCCAACCUAAUACCGAGAACUGGGGAUACUUAUUGUACAAGUUUAAGACAGUAUGCUUCAGCUUACACACUAAAAACCACUUCUUCUGAUUUAAUAAGC